AUGAUGGAAUUUUUAUACGGAAAGAGGAAUGAUACUGCUGCUUAGAGUCCUAAUAACAAUUCUCAGACCAACUCUGGAAAGCCAACUUCUAGAAAUUCCCCAACAGGCUCUAUAAGUUCAACAAACAGGUCUGCCCAAAAGUCUUCCAAUUCGAACUAGCAACAAACAGCCUCGUAAAGUGCAUACAAUAAUACUUAAAGCUCAACUAAAGCUAAAAAUAUUGAAGCUUCUUAGUAGUCCAUUUUCACAAUGUCAAAGGACUCUAAGAGUGGGACUGCUACGCAAAGUAUGAGUUCACAGAAGGGCCUACACACUUAGAAUCAAGCCAUCGCAGGUGCUUAUUCGAACAUAAUGACAUCAAUAGGAUUACAAGGAAGGAAUAAUUCUCCUAAGAAUCAGACAGGAAUUGAGGUUCCAACAAGAAAAUCUACUAAAAAUAGUGAGAGGCUGUUCCCAUCAGAGCCAAUACAAACGAAGAGUAGUGUUAACAACAACGCCAACAUGAACUCAUAAAUGUUCUAUGGAGCAAAAGGCAGCAAUUAAUAUAUUCAGUCUCAAUCUUUAUCAAGCAACAAUAUGUCCAAAAAUCAAUACGGCCAACCAAAGUAGUAUAAUCCAACAGCAACACCAUAACACAAAAAUAUUGACAUUAUUUCCCAACAAAUGGGUAUUGAAACUACUAAAUAUAAAAGAAGAUCUAAUUCCCCAUAGUCUAACACCAGUUCUCUUAUUGAUACCACUUCUUUCACCGACACCUCACUAAACAAGGUAAAUGUACAGUAUCCUUAGAAAUCACCCAAGACUUCAUCUAGAAGAGUCUUAAAUAUCAAUAAAGAUAACGAGAAUGUUUACGAGGAGAUGAAAGUAGAUGGAACUAUAGAGAGCAGUGAUGAAGAUGAUAUGAUGUAGAAUCCUUUUGAUAUUAGCAGUAAGGAUUUAUAGUCAAAAGCAGGCCAGAUGUCUUACAACAACACCAUCCCUAAGAUGCCGGCUCAAUCACCAGUAAAUAACCAAUCUUCAGAUAGAUAUUCUAUGCCUAAGGAAUAGGGGUCUAAAGUUAACUUUGUCAGUCCAAAGACUCAAACCACCAACAAUAGACAUACACAGGGAGGCUCAACAAGUAAUAAUCAAAAUCAAAGCACCGAGAACUACAAGAAGAAGGUAAUACAAUACUUGAUUGACGCUGCUGAGACAGGAAACACAGACUCAGUUCAAGAUGCGCUUAACAAAUAGAAGUAUGGCUAGUUUACUGCAGAUAUCAAUAGUCAUAACAAGGAAGACUGGACGACUCUUCAUUUUGCAGUUAGUGAAGGCCAUUUUAAUAUCGCUUAAAUGGUACUAGAAAACAAUGCUGAUGUUAACGCGUUAACAGCAGCUAAGAGAACCCCACUCCAUAUUGCUUGUAUUAGAGGCAGGCCAGACUACUCAAAACUUUUGCUAAUAAAAGGUGCAAACGUAAAUCUUCAAGAUAUCGAUGGAAACACUCCCUUGCAUUAUGCUUCAGAGUACGGCCACAAGGACAUUCUGAUAUAGUUGCUUUAGAAGAAUGCCAACAUUAAAAUCAAGAACAACCUCGGCAAGUCGCCCUUAGAUGUCUCUAGCUCCAACAGAAUUUUCAACAUAUAACAGCAAUAAGAAGAAGUAAAGUAAAUUGAUAAUAGUCCGAAUCCUAAGAACUUCUAAUUCGCAAGAAAUGCAAUGCAUAAUAACUAAAACCGAGUAGUCAUCCACAACCUGAAUCAACAGCAGUCAGAUGGCCAGAUGAAGCAGAGUGCAACAGGUGAAGAUAAUUCUUAACUAUAGGAGAGUGUUACCAACAACAACAAUAACACCCAAGCAACUAGCGGUUAAAAACCUUACAACAAGCAAAAUAGCAACAACCUUAACUAAAGCACCAAAGUUGGGGAUAAUGAAAGGUAAAAUACUGGCAGUUCACAGACCAGUGCUGGUGAGUACUUCCUUGAUAACGAAUCUAGCAAUCCUGAUAUCUAGUAAUAAGAGGAAAAGAUUAGUACCUCAAGUUUCCAUGCUAUUCAGCUACUUGGAAAGGGUAGCUUUGGAGAGGUUUAUUUAGUAUAAAAGAAGUCUAAUAGCUAAUACUACGCAAUGAAAGUGCUCUCAAAGUCUAAGAUUAUGGGAUAGAAUUUAGUCAGAUAUGCCAAGACUGAAAGAAAUGUGCUAUCCUACACCUAACAUCCCUUUAUUGUGAAUCUUAACUACGCUUUCCAAACUAGUGACAAGUUGUUUCUGAUAUUGGACUACUGUCCAGGUGGAGAUAUGGCAAGAGUGCUCUAAAGAGAGAGAAGAUUUUCAGAGGAUAGAGCUAGGAUCUACAUCGCUGAAAUUGUUCUGGCUAUUCAAUACCUGCAUAAGAGAGAUAUAAUCUUCAGAGAUUUGAAACCCGAUAACGUAGUGAUUGAUUCGGAAGGCCACGCCUUACUCACAGAUUUUGGUUUAUCAAAAGAAGGCGUGCUUGAUAAUAUAUCUGCAAACAGCUUCUGUGGCUCAGUUGCUUACUUAGCACCUGAGAUGCUGAAACGUUCAGGCCAUGGUAAAUCUGUCGAUUGGUAUCUUCUUGGAGUCUUACUCUAUGAGAUGCUAGUUGGCCAACCUCCAUACUUCUGCAAUAACAAAGAAUAACUUUUUUAUAAUAUCUAGAAAGGUGUAUUGAAGCUCCCAGCAAGCAUCUCUCAUGAGGCCAAAUCACUUCUAAUCUCUUUAUUAAACAGAAAUCCAAACAAAAGACUUGGAGCUGCUCCAACUGAUGCUGAGGAGAUUAAGAAGCAUCCAUUCUUUGAUGGCAUUGACUGGGAUAGAAUUAUCAGAAGAGACUAUGAAGUUCCGAAGCCAAAUAUAAGACAGAUCGUGCAAUAGGAAAUAAACCCAAGUAUAUUCGAGGACAUACCCCUGAACAUUGAUGGAGUGAAUAACAACAAUAUUCCAGGUUGGUCCUUCGUCAACCCUCUUGAGAAUAAAGAGCAAAUGAUCGAAAUAAAUGUUAAUGAUCAGACUUAAAAGAUUUCUCAAAAUUGA